UUCCUGACAGAUGUCAUAAUUAUUCUAUCUCUUCCUUUAUGGGCGGGUAAUUUUUAAGCUAAAGAAAAACGUCCCAUGCCAAAAAAUCCUCCCUUUUCCCGUUAGCAACAGCAAACUCUUUUUUUGGAUUGGACCGUGGACAAGGGCGUCUGUGGCCCCACCUCUCAUUCUCGAGCCUUCUGUGGCGGGCUUGCUUAGCAAUUAAGGAAACUGACGAAGACAAUUUAUUCCUUGCAAGAAACUUCUUGAACUUUGCCGGUUAGGUAGCGGACUGGUCCAGCAGCACUGUAGAGGCCUAAAAAUAACAAAGACAGCUUCUUAAAAAGAGAAGCCAUGGCCAAUGCACCAGCAGUGGGUAUUGAUCUGGGCACUACGUACUCAUGCGUAGCCGUGUUCCAGCACGGCAAAGUAGAGAUCAUUGCAAAUGAGCAGGGCAACAGGACCACACCCAGCUAUGUUGCCUUCACAGACAAAAUGAGGCUGAUUGGAGACGCUGCAAAGAGCCAAGCUGCCCUUAACCCUACAAGCACUGUAUUCGAUGCAAAGCGACUCAUCGGCAGGCAGUUUAAUGAUGAUGUGGUCCAGUCUGACAUGAAGCACUGGCCCUUCACCGUCAUUGAUGAUAACACGCGGCCCAAAGUCAAAGUGGAGUACAAAGGUGAGACCAAGACAUUCUUCCCUGAGGAGAUCUCCUCCAUGGUGCUCCUUAAAAUGAAGGAAAUUGCAGAGGCCUUCCUCGGAAAGCCUGUAACCAACGCUGUGGUGACCGUCCCAGCCUACUUCAACGACUCUCAGCGUCAGGCCACCAAAGACGCCGGAAUCAUCUCCGGACUCAAUGUUUUGCGUAUCAUCAACGAACCCACAGCUGCAGCUAUUGCUUACGGAAUGGACAAAAAGAUCUACUCUCAAAGGAACGUCCUCAUUUUUGACUUGGGUGGUGGCACUUUUGACAUUUCCAUCUUGGCCAUCGAGGACGGCAUCUUCGCAGUGAUGGCGACGGCGGGUGACACUCACCUGGGCGGUGAGGAUUUUGACAACCGUAUGGUCAACCACUUCAUCGCUGAGUUCAAGCGCAAGCACAAGAAAGACAUCGGCGACAACAAGCGUGCCGUGCAGCGUCUGCGCACGGCUUGCGAAAGGGCCAAGCGCACGCUGUCGUCCAGCUCGCAGGCCAGCAUCGAGAUCGACUCUCUCUUCGAGGGCAUCGACUACUCCACAGCCAUCACCAGGGCCCGCUUCGAGGAACUCAACAAAGACUUGUUCCGUGGCAUCCUGGAGCCUGUGGAAAAGGCUCUCCAGGAUGCCAAGCUAGAAAAGUCCGCCAUCCACGAAAUUGUCCUGGUUGGAGGUUCUACUCGAAUUCCCAAGAUCCAGAAGCUACUGCAGGAAUUUUUCAACGGCAAGGAACUCAUCAAGAGCAUUAAUCCUGAUGAGGCUGUGGCUUAUGGCGCAGCUGUGCAGGCAGCCAUUAUUACCGGCAACAAGUCAAACAACAUUCAGGACCUGGUGCUGCUGGAUGUCACCCCCUUGUCUUUGGGCAUCGAGACUUUCGGCGGUGUCAUGACGGCGCUAAUCAAUAGGAACACCACCAUCCCCACCAAGUGGAAUAAGGUGUUCACCACCGUCUCCGACAACCAGGUCAAUAUGACCAUUCGGGUGGUUGAGGGCGAAAGAGCCAUGGCCAAAGACAACAACAUUCUAGGGAAAUUUGAGCUGAUGGGAAUUCCUCCGGCCCCUCGAGGUGUUCCCCGAAUUGAAGUGAGCUUCGAAAUUGACGUCAACGGUAUCUUAGAUGUGAGCGCAAUGGACAUGGGCACUGGCAGGAAGAACAAGAUCACCAUCACCAACGACAAAGGGCGUCUGAGCAAGGACGACAUCGACCGCAUGGUGCGCGAGGCAAAGCAGUACAAGGCGGAGGACGAUGUGCAGAGGCAGAGGGUGGCGGCCAAGAAUGCUCUGGAGGAUUACGCCUACAACUUGAAAUCCACCAUGGAGGAUGACAUGCUGAAGGGCAAGAUCAGCGAGUAUGACAAGAUGAAAAUUAUGUCCAAGUGCUAUGAGGUCAUCAACUGGCUUGACAACAACCAGUCUGCAGAGAAACACGAGUUUGACCACCAGCAGAAGGAGCUGGAGAAGAUUUGCCACCCCAUCAUGACCAAGUUGUACCAAGGAGGGGCAUGCUAGGUGGAGGAGCGUUCUGUUAAGCGGUUGGAACCCCAUAUUUUGGGGCUGGUUCUGGACCCAUCAUCGAGGAUGUGGAUUAAAGCAAAAAUGCAAAUGAUGGACAGAUGUUUGCCUUAAAAAUUCAACACGGCUUGUUUUGUUUGUCUGUUGUUUGAGAGUUUGCACUCUCCUGUGGCUUUUCGGUGCUUUCGUUGGCUUUGGGCUCUUUGCCUCCAAACUCCUUUUGCCAUUGCACUUUGAAUUGCAUUCCUCAUCUUUUCUUUCUUUCUUUC